CGCUCGUCCGCGUAAGCGGGAGGCUGUUAGACGCACUUGGAUUACCGGGCAGUCAACUGUCACCGCAACAGACCGGCGUCCUGCUCCACGCUCCUUUCCUCUCCUCUCCCGUGCGCACCGCAGAGAUUUGCCUGUGAGAGGAAGAUAUGAGGUUAAUGGGCUCUGCUUGGAUCCUUUGGUUUCUCCUGGUGUGCAGGACGGCGGAAGGCACUGACUCAAUCUCAGCCCCAUCGCUCAGUCCUCAGCAGAGCAUUAUAGAGGGACAAAGUGUGCAGGCGCUGAGCCAGGGUCAAUACAAAUGUCUCGAGUUGUCCCACAAAGACCGCCAAGAAAACACAACUGGGGUGUUCUGUGAUUAUAUGUGGGAUGGUUUGUUGUGCUGGGAUGAGACACCAGCUGGGACAUCUGUAACACAAAAUUGUCCACAUCAUCCUGAACUCGACCCAACCGAAAAAAUAACCAAAUAUUGUGAUGAAUCAGGUAAUUGGAUCCAGACCGGCUCUACCUGUCAGCAAACUUUAAAGGACAAAUUAGAGGAAAUCCCUGAUUUUCAAAGCGACGCUGCAGUAGAGCCAACCACGGAGGCUCCGGGGGUUAGCACAGAGAAAAUUAUCUUUGAAAAUGAAAAGAAAUGCCAAGAGAAAAUGAAGAAUGAUCCACCUUAUAAAAAAUCAGGCCCAUAUUGCAGUCGUAACUGGGAUGGAUCAUUGUGCUGGGAUGACACUCCAGCAGACACGUACGCCUCCCAAAACUGCCCUGAUUAUUUUGGUGACUUUGACCCCACAGAAAAAGCAACUAAGUACUGUGGAGCAGAUGGCCAGUGGUUUCAUCAUCCAGACAGCAACAGGACUUGGACCAACUAUACGCUCUGUGCAGUCACCCAUGAGAAAAGGCAGAGGAAAAUGAAGCUGCUUGAGAAUGAAUACGAAUGUCUCCUCAAAAUAAAACAAGACCCACCAUUUAAAAAAGCAGGACUGCACUGCAACCGUGACUGGGAUGGCUGGCUGUGCUGGGAUGACACUCUGGCAGGAACAACUGUCUUUCAGAACUGCCCUGAUUAUUUUUCUGAUCUCGACCCCUCUGUAAAGGCAUCUCGAUACUGCGGAGAAGAUGGGCAGUGGUUUCGCCAUCCAGAGAGCAACAAGACAUGGACCAACUAUACUCUUUGUGCUGUCAACACUAAAGACAGGUUAAAGACAGCCGCCCAGUUUUCCAGGGAGACAGAGGUCGAAGCUGCCAAUGAGGCCACAGUCAGUCCCACGGUCAAUCGAGAGCAGCAGGAAAUUGUGAGGAAAAAAAUCCUCGACAACCAGUACAAGUGCUUCGAGAAAAUGAAUCGAGAUCCACCUUAUAACAAAUCAGGUUUGUAUUGCAGUCGCAACUGGGACGGUUGGCUGUGCUGGGAUGAUACUCCAGCAGGAACUUAUACUUUCCAAAACUGUCCUAAUUAUUUUCAUGACUUCGACCCUACAGAAAAAGCAACUAAGUAUUGUGGAGAGGAUGGGCAGUGGUUUCGCCACCCGGAUACCAACAGGACUUGGUCCAACUACACACUCUGCAACGAAAACACCAAUGCCAAGCUGAAGUCAGCCUACAUCCUGUUUUACAUGGCUAUCGUGGGCCAUGCUUUAUCCAUAGCCUCCCUGCUCAUCUCUCUGGCCAUCUUCUUCUACUUCAGGAGUCUGAGCUGCCAGAGGAUCACCCUCCACAAGAACCUCUUCUGUUCCUUUGUGCUCAAUUCUGCCCUUACCCUCAUCCACCUCAUUGCUGUGGUCAACAAUCCUGAAGUGGUGGCCAGAAAUCCGGUUGGUUGUAAGGUGCUGCAGUUCUUUCACAUGUACAUGUUAGGCUGUAAUUACUUCUGGAUGCUCUGUGAAGGCAUCUACCUGCACACACUCAUCGUGGUGGCUGUGUUUGCAGAGGAGCAGCAUCUGCACUGGUACUACCUCCUGGGCUGGGGUUUUCCUCUAGUGCCUGUAUCCAUCCACGCCGUGGCAAGGAAAAAGUAUUUUGACGACAACUGUUGGAUGAGUGUGGAGACCCAUCUGCUGUAUGCGAUCCAUGGCCCGAUAGUGGCAGCACUUCUUGUCAACCUCUUCUUCCUGCUAAAUAUUAUUAGAGUGUUGGUUACCAAGUUGCGAGAUACGCACCGGGCAGAGUCCAACAUGUACAUGAAGGCAGUGAGAGCCACCCUGAUCCUGGUUCCUCUGCUGGGAAUACAGUUUGUCAUCAUUCCCUGGAGGCCAGAGAACCGGCUGGCUGGUGAGGUCUACGAGUACAUCAUGCACAUACUCAUGCACUACCAGGGUUUGCUGGUGUCAACCAUAUUCUGCUUUUUCAAUGGCGAGGUGCAGGCAGCUGUGAAGAGACAGUGGAUGCAGUAUAAAACCCAGUGGGGUCAGAGACGAAAGGACCACUGCUCGAUGCGCUCCACGUCCUACACAGCAACCUCCAUCACUGAGGUACCCGCCUUUAUGUACCAUCACGACUGUAACACUGAACACUUGAACGGGCGCCACACAGAGGACUCUGAACUGGUGGCGCUAAAAUCAGGAGACACGUACGCUUGAAUCACGCCGAGUAUAGAAUGUGUAGCAGUGGAAACAGCCGAGGACGAGCGACAAAUCAACGGAAAUGUACAGUUAAAAAAAGAAGAAAAUGAAUUCAGUUCACCUGCCAUAUC